UCCGUCGUCCGUGGAUGCAUGUUGGCAGAUCGAGGAGCGGUAGUGCGCGUGUUUAAACCAGCUUUCGUUUAAACAAUUUAGUUUUCUCGAGUCAAUAACGAGGAGUAAAAUAAAGGUCGGAGUAAAAAUUAGUGAGCGAGUUCUUGCAAGAGUUCCAUCUGGAUAGAAUACGGAGAAAAUCACGGGCUAUCGCCGCAAAACGCGGCAAAAAAGUCAAGUUCUCCGAAUGGACGGAUCAUGACAAAGACACACCGGAUAUCGAGAGCCCCGCCGAAGAUGAGGAAGAAACGGGGUCCGGACUGGACCCCUCGACAGGGCCCUCGGAGACUUGCAUAGAGAUGGUCCGAACCGACAUCGCCACCGCCUUCUCCUCAGCUCCUCUCCUGGAGAAGCCAAUGAUCGAUAAAAAAGUUAAGAGACAUAGCAUACAUGGAAUGAUGGAGGAGGAAAAUGUCAUCAGGCCGCACCAGGAGAUCGCACAAUUAUCACUUGAAGAGAAGAAGUUCCUGUUGGCUGUGGAGAGGGGCGAUGUUGCUUCGACCAGACGGACGUUACAGAAGGCUGAAGAAACUGGCUUCAUUAACAUCAACUGUGUGGAUCCAUUAGGGCGAAGUGCACUUCUUAUGGCCAUUGAUAACGAAAACUUGGAGAUGGUCGAACUAUUAAUUGAACAUAAAGUUGAAACUAAGGACGCGCUUCUACAUGCCAUUUCGGAGGAGUUUGUCGAAGCUGUCGAGGUGCUGCUGGACCAUGAAGAGACCAUCCACAAACCAGGGGAACCACAUAGUUGGGAAGCUUUACCUCCAGACACUGCAACUUUUACUCCAGACAUCACUCCGCUCAUCUUGUCAGCUCAUCGCGACAACUACGAAAUUAUCAAGAUCUUGUUGGAUAGAGGAGCCACAUUGCCGAUGCCACAUGAUGUCAGAUGCGGGUGCGACGAAUGCGUGACAUCUCGCUUGGAGGACUCCCUGCGGCACUCCCGGAGCCGAAUAAACGCAUACCGGGCUUUGGCGUCGCCCUCGCUGAUAGCCCUCUCGUCGAAAGACCCCAUUCUCACGGCGUUCGAGCUGUCUUGGGAGUUGCGCCGGUUAAGUCUGCUGGAGCACGAGUUCAAGAGCGAGUAUCAAGAGCUAAGGAAACAGUGUCAGGAUUUUGCUACCGCUCUGCUUGAUCACACGAGGAGCUCUUACGAACUGGAGGUGCUACUAAAUCACGACCCGACAGGGCCGGCUUUCGAACACGGAGACAGGAUGCACUUGAACAGGCUCAAGCUUGCUAUCAAACUUAGGCAAAAAAAGUUUGUAGCUCAUUCCAACGUCCAACAACUGUUGGCUUCGAUUUGGUACGAAGGUCUUCCGGGUUUCCGCAGAAAAAACAUGGUUCUACAAGCUUUAGAAAUCGUAAGGAUCGGCAUCCUUUUUCCGUUCUUUUCGAUUGCUUACAUCGUUGCACCACAUUCCGUGAUUGGCCAGACUAUGCGGAAGCCUUUCAUCAAGUUCAUCUGCCAUUCCGCCUCUUAUUUUACAUUUUUAUUUUUGUUGUCACAGACUGUAUUCUUCGAUGACCCUGGCGUCGUCUACACGCAGAGGGGUGCCAAACCCACCCUCGUCGAAUGGAUAAUACUUGCCUACGUCAGUGGGUUAAUAUGGAGUGAAAUAAAGCAGUUAUGGGACGUGGGGCUCGAGGAGUAUGUGAGGGAUAUGUGGAACGUCAUUGACUUCAUUACAAACUCGUUAUACGUAGCGACGGUAGCUUUAAGGGCAGUUUCGAUAUAUCAGUUUUUGAGCGACAGCGAGAUGUCUGCAAUCGCUUAUUUCUUUCAGGUACAAAAAGAUCCAAGUGCACUGAAUGUUCCAAGGAAAGAAUGGGAUGCCUGGGAUCCCAUGCUGAUCUCAGAAGGCCUUUUUUCAGCAGCGAAUAUUUUCAGUUCAUUGAAGUUAGUGUAUAUAUUUUCGGUAAAUCCGCACUUGGGACCACUUCAAGUGUCACUUUCACGGAUGGUGAUGGACAUUAUGAAAUUCUUCUUCUUGUACGUCCUUGUCCUUUUCGCAUUUUCUUGCGGCCUGAAUCAGCUACUUUCAUAUUAUGCUAAAGCUGAAAAAAGGAAGUGUCCAGAAGAGAACCCUCAUUCUUUAAAUCAGACGGAAAAUAACGACACAAACGCCUGUAUAAUAUGGAGAAGGUUUUCAAACUUAUUCGAGACUAGUCAGACGCUCUUCUGGGCCGUCUUCGGAUUGGUGGACCUGGAAAGCUUCGAAUUGAACGAAAUUAAAAUAUUCACAAGGUUCUGGGGGAUGCUUAUGUUUGGAACAUAUUCAGUUAUUAACAUCGUUGUUCUGCUCAACUUACUGAUUGCUAUGAUGAAUCAUUCAUAUCAGCUAAUCUCGGAACGGGCCGACACCGAGUGGAAAUUCGCUCGUAGCAAACUGUGGAUUAGUUAUUUCGAAGAAGGGGGUACUGCCCCGCCGCCAUUUAACAUCAUCCCAACCCCUAAAAGUAUCUGGUACGUGAUUCAGUGGAUCCGGCGGAAAUUCUGCGGUCAUUCCCGAGCUGCCAAAAAGGAACACAUGCGGACGAUAAGGAGGAAAGUCAAACAGGCGAGUGAGAGAGAUUUCCGAUAUCAGAGCAUUAUGAGAAACUUGGUGCGGCGAUACGUGACAGUCGAACAAAGAAAGGCGGAAAAUCAGGGAGUCACAGAGGAUGACGUGAAUGAAAUUAAACAGGACAUAUCAGCUUUUCGCUUUGAACUUAUUGAAAUACUCAAAAAUUCGGGAAUGAACACGUCCACGGCGCACAGCGGAAUGGGUACGGGAGGCAAGAAGAAUCGCCAAAAGGAACGAAGACUGAUGAAAGGCUUUAACAUAGGGCCCCAAACUUCCACAACCAGCGGUCCUCUUCCCCCUGUAGCCGAAUUCAUCGCAUCCCUCCAGCACCAACAGGAAGCUCACCAUCACGACUUUUUCGGAAGCACCCUCUCUGGUAUCUUCAAUUCGACCUCUCGUAAACUGCACCAACACAGCAGUACGGUUUCUUCAUCCCAAGGGAGUAUCAAUGAAGGUUCGCACAACCACCACUCCCGAGGAAUUGGCAGGUUUCAUUUGAAACGCACUCACUCACACAAACGUCGCUGGGGAACAUUGAUCGAGGCAGCAAAAACUGGAAAAGUUUCCCGCUUGAUAGGACGUUCCCGUUCAGAAGAUUCAGUCUGCAACAACUGCAGAGAAAACGGGCACAACCACUCGCACAGCCAUAGUAAUAGUCCAGCGUCGGAUGAUAAUGGGUCGGUGAGGUCGAGGUCUACCGACUCAAAUCCGAGUCUGGACGUUCCCGACCAUCGCGAACCUGAGCUCCAUGGGUUGGCCCAUGGACUAGCCUUGUUGAAGAAGAAGCGGAAAAAGUUCUCGGCGUCCAGAAACACCAGCCCGAUAGUCCCUCCACCUCGAGAAGUCGCCAGUGUCAAAAAACCACCCAAAAAAAUUCCUCAAGUUUUGAAGAGGGCCUCCAGCGUUCCUACUCGCGUACCAGAAGUGAUUCAAAAAGCGUCACGCAAUGACAACCCCCAAGAUUCGGUUGAAAUUCCUAUUUCCGCCCCUCCCACUCUCACACCCUCCACCACAGAGGAAAGUGUGACAGCAGUGGGGCAAAAUCCAGGUGCUUCGAUAGAACCUCUUCUCUGCUAUUCGUCUUCAAGUAAUCAAGCCACUGGCUCUUCGCAAACUCCAGAAGAAGAGUUCAAAAGCCACAAUUCGCAGUCUUUACCCAAACUACCAGGAGUUAUUCCUUUAAGUGGACACAAUGGGCCAACUGGAUGGUUGUAGUUCGUUCAAGACGAGUCAAUGGUUUUUCAAAUUAACAACGAAUUUUAGUUGCGUUUAUCAAGGGGCGUGACAUUCUAAAAAUUGUAGAAUUGACAUUGAGGAUUGGUUAUAAAUUUUAGGAGAAAAUCAUUGACUCUAGGGAUCACACACCAAAUGCAUUUAAUUUGUUAGUUGAAAAAUAUGUGAUAAUUAUUUAUUAUACAGGAUGUUAUAAAUUAUUAAACACAGCCUGUUUAAAAAUAAAUAAUAGCCAUAACGGACCAUUCACGGUUAUUAUAGGUACAGGGUGUUGAGGAAAUAAAUAUCAGAUUUAAUUUACAGUCAAAUUUUGUUGAUUCUGAUAUUUUACUGCCAUUCGCAUCUUUUCAAAUUUUCCUAAAUCUAGUCUUAAUUUAAGAAUCAUUAGAACUCUUUAGGGUAAAUUUUAUUGAAAAAUAUGUACAAGAGGCCUUCGAACAUGGUAGUUUCAUUGUCAUUGCCUUAGAUUAGAUUAAUGUGUGUUUAAUGUGUAAAAAUGGGUAUUUUUAUAAUACUUAUGCUACAUUCAUUAGAAAUGUAAAUAUAACGACUUCACUAAACUAUUUUUUAACUCAUUAAUCUGUUAAGUCUAAUAUUAAAGAAAAACUAUAUCCGCCACAUCUACCCGAAAAAUUAGAUUAAGAAGAAACUUAGAUUGUAAGUGCAUCGUUUCGAUUUUUUUUCAAUUUCGAAUUUUUUACACACAAGGUCAUUACACCAUGAUGUAGAAAAUCACAAGGUAAUUGUAAAUUUAUUGUUAAAUCAAAUAUAACAAAUUUCAAAUAGAAAUUUUAUACAAACUUCUCUCCUAUACUAUUUGUACAGUUCCAAAUUAGCUGUUACGAGAUGUAAUUAUUUAUUGUUGAACUGUUGCAAGUACAUAUUUUUUCUAGUCAUUGGGAAUAAAAUGGAGCUUAGCCAUUAUUAUGUAGUAGCGCUUAAUAUUAACAUUUUUUUAUUAUGCGUGUGCUGAAAAUUGUUUAAUAAAAAGCUUUAAACUU